CGGCAGCAACGGCUGCCGGUCACCGCAAGCCACGCCACGCAUUGUUGUCAUCAGUGUUGGUUUGAACUCUGUGGAGUUAAGUUCAGUUCCUCUCCGUUCUCUCGUUGCUUCCAUUACACGGCGUAACGUUAUCAACCUCCAAUCAAUUUGUUUACCAAAACUGCUGACACUUUCUUCUUCCGAUAUGUCUGAUUUACAGCGAGCCACUUCGAUUGAAGAGUACUGUCCGACGCCCGUGAAACAUGAAUUCGAUGCAACGAACUGCAAGAAGCUCAUCGUCUACGUUCAGGGCGACCUCACCAAGAUCGACCAGAGAGCCGUCUUCCUCACCGUGCACGAUCUCGGCUGCAACCACAAUGCGUGGGUGCAGUUCUUGGAGCACCCCGUCAUGAAGGAGACCCGCGAGCGCUCCAUCUUCAUCCACGUGGUCGUGCCCGGCCAGGACGACAACGCGGAGGACCUGCCCAGCGAGAUGACGUUCCCGACGAUGCAGCAGAUCAGCGAGGACCUGCCUGGUGUGCUGGACAAGCUCGAAGUGAAGCUCGUGAUCGGUCUGGGCGAGGGCGCGGGUGCCAACAUCCUCGCACGCUUCGCCAUGGCCGCCCCCGACCGCUGCAUGGGGCUCAUCCUCAUCCACUGCACCGCAUCCUCUGCUGGCGUCAUGGAGCACUUCAAGGAUAAGUUCAUCAGCUGGAAGCUGUCGAGCGGCGUGCCGUCGUCAGCUGAGCAGUACCUCAUCAUCCACAAGUUCGGCAACCGUCUGGUCGAGCAACUGGAGUCGGCCGAGAACAAGGAGAGCCUCAUCAAGGAGUUCCAGGACCGCCUGCAGUCGAAGAUCAACCCCCGCAACCUCCGCAAAUACGUUGAGGCUUUCCUCAAACGCUCGGACUUCUCGAGCAAACUGGAGUCGAAGUUGGGCGUAGAGACGCUCCUGGUGACAGGCUCGAAGGCUUCCCACGUCAACGCCGUGCAUACCAUGCACCAGGCCUGCAACAAGACCAAGGCAUCGCUGCUCAAGAUCGACGACGUCGGAGACGUGCUUUCUGAGACUCCGGACAAGUUCGCCCAGUCGCUGCUGCUGUUCUGUAAGGGCCUCGGCGUGCUGACCUCGGUGCCGCUGACCGGCGUUGACCGCCCAAGAAUGGGCAGCGCGUCGGGCAAGGGCGGCUUGGUACGCCAGCGCACCAUGAGCAUGGAAGAGUACGACACGCCGAACCUCAGGCGUUUCUCCUUCUCUUCCAUCACUCCUGCUAACUAGAAGACCAUGGGCCACAAACUCAGACAAACUUGCGAUGUUCAUUCUGGUGUAUUGCUUUCAAUGGGUUAGUUAAGUUUCAUUCUUGAACGCUUAUUAGCUGAUGGGUUUACGACAUUGUUGUAAUUUCUGAGACUCUUCAACCUGUUCAGACCCAUUGCCCAAGUUUCAUCGUAUCCUAAAUACGGUCAUUGUUCCUUAAAUUGUCAUCCACAGUUGCCUUUGGGAGGAAAGCUCCCCGAAUUUAUAACGAGGUCGCAUUUCAAUCGUAAAUGACGCAUUUGUAUAUUAUAUAGCAUCUCUGUCAGUGGUUACUUACGGUUAAGGUUAGAUCAACUUUACACCGUUGCUACAGGCCCUUGUUUUUGUCCAAAUUAAUGAUGUUGACUUCCAAAUCCGCGAUUCAAUGAAAUCUGACUUCCAGUUUCAUACUAAGAGGAUUUUUGACUGGGAAGUUCUGCGCAGAAUGAACUGACCGCAAUGCCAAGGUCCCUCUCUCCCCCGCAGCUGUGACACAUCAGACGCUUGUAUAUACGAACGCAUUUGUAAGGACGAGAAAACACCUUUCGAUGGAAUAGUUCUCCUUAUGAUAGCUUACUUUGCUCAAAUUUGUUUUUCUUUAGUUAAAUUCGGCGGAUUAUUCGUAACUGAACGUAUUUUCUCGUUUCCUGGCAUGCUUUAGGAUUAAAUUUUCAUUGACGAUUACUUUUGUGUUUGUUAGAUUUAAGACUAUUUUGUACGUCCUCUCUCUAUAAGCCUUCGGUUUCGUUCGCUCUGUGGGAAUGUCAUUGGUACCCUUACGCUUUGUUUUAUUUUUUCCUCCUCCCUGAUAUUUUUUAAUUCGUUGUUACGUAUAAUUUGAUUUAGUGGUAGUCUAGAAGCCUUUUUUGCUAUGCAAGUUCCGUUCUACAAGGGAACGCACUGCAACAUCAACGGCCCAAUACAACAGUUCAGUGCUCCACAUCCAUCAGCCCAGGGAGAGCACUAAAUGCUUCUUCAUCAUAGUCGGAAUGUUAUUGUAGAAUUAUUUAAAGCACCAAUAUUUUCCGAUAUAAAACAUUAAAUUUGAAAUCUACGACAAGCUGUAUUAUUUCACUUAUGAAGCGCUGUUUAAAACCGGAUUUUCUGAAGAGUAUCCCUCUUGGCCCUGUGAAGGUCUGUGUAAUUACGUUUCUGAAGCAAGGUUGAGAGCAAUCGAAUCUAAUCAGUCCAAACGAAGUCUAAUGCUACGAUUACGUGAAGUUGUUGAAUGUUGCAGUCGUUGCGACAACGUGCCUGUUUAAGGCUCAAAUGUUGUUCUCCUGACCCGCUAUCUCGGAAAUUGUUACGGUGACUCAUGAUGAUCACUGAUCAUGUUCUUCGACUGUAAGUGGCAAGAUUUGAAACGUGACUUUCAAUUGUUGAUAAGUUCAACGACAACGUAACAAACUCUGAAUAUGGAACCUCUGGGUCUGUCUCCUACAUGCCUAUGUCGCCAUCAAUGAAAAAGUUUAGCGUGCUUGUAUCAUUCAAGGUACUGGCAUGCAGGAGGUCAUUUCCUAACUAGCUUUUAACUUAGGCCUCAAGCUGCCUGUUGCGCCUUUGACAACACUGCUUUCAUUGAUUUAAGAGUCUCACUACCCCCUUGCAGUUGAUGUGUAGCGUUUCAAUUCAUGAGGAUAUUGAGAGCAAUACAGUUUAUGUGGAUGCCUUACCAAUCUUUCGAGCCUUUACAGCCGGCGUCUCUUAAGGUGACAUCCGUCGGGGCACGUUGCUGAGAGUAGCCCUCACAGCCUACUGUAGAAUUUUUACAGCUUACAAUAAUGUUUACAUUAAGUUUCUAGCUUCACGGACGUCCUAGAAACCAUUUCAAAGUUUCAAUAACGCUUACAGCAACUGUUCACAGCACACAAUUAAGCUAACUUAGAAUGGAAUUUUACCGUUUGUGCAAUCCUCUUGUGUGGUAGUAGUUUUUCAUAUCAGGAUUACGUCCUCUAACAUUUUUUCGGUGAUCGUAAGUUUGGGAUCGACGCCCGGUACUGCAAAAGUAGAAUUGGAUACCGUAAAUGGUGAUUACUGAUAGAUUAAUGGGCAACAAUUUUCGAAAUCCAUACCUAACGGACGGAAAUUGGUUGUAAUGUAUUAAAAAUUCCUACUAUUUCAGGCAAGAAAAGGCGGCAAUAUGAAAGUGUCCAUGCAUUUCAUGAGUUAGCUGCCUAGAACUAACGGCAUCCAUACACUCAUAGAUCCUUGUUUUUUGUUGAUCAUGUUUCAUGGUAUGGUUAAUAUAUUGCUUAUUAUGCAUUGUAUGAUGUACAAGAUUCACAAUAAGAGCAGAUGAAAACAGGUAUUUUUAUGGAC